AAGAUCUCAACCACCACCACCGCCAUCGUCCAAGUGUUGACUUGCACCGUCGCACAGACUGAUAAUGACUCAACACCAGUAUUUGUCCAUUGUGAUCGCUCUCUUUUUGGGUCUCUGCCGUUCUUGUGUCUGCAGGCUCUACUCUUACGCGUCGCGCCGGCUUCCCAUCUCUCGCUUUGACGGCCGCCUGGUCUUGGUCGCCACUGUGAUUAUGGUUCCCACAGAAUUUUGCUGUCGAAAGCCCUCGGAAAGGCUGGCCGGGAUACUGCGAAGUGCGUUGUUGCCUUCAGGCAGGACCACGUCAUCUGUCGGAGCGGGUCAAAAGACACUCGAACACGCAGUCGAAAAUCCAUGAUCGCCUCAGGUGCAGAGGAAUCCACGCGGGGCAUAGAGACAUAGCUGUGUAUCAAAUACGUGCGUU